AUGGGCGGUUUAUUGACACUCGACUCGUUUAUCAGGACCUUUCCCUCGCUGGACACUAUAACCACAACCGGUGCUCAGCAAGAGUACAACGCCAAAAUACAAGGAACUGUCAUUGGACUAUACAACAUUGGUGGCAUUUUCGGCUCCCUGCUGUGCAUCUAUUUUGGCGAUCGUUUAGGGCGUCGAAGUGUCAUUGCCAUUGCUUCCUUGGUGGCCAUGGCUGGCGCUAUCCUCAUGGCGACGUCUUUUCAAUUGGCACAACUCAUCGUUGCGAGACUGAUUCUCGGCUUAGGAACUGGUGGCUAUCUUGCGACAGUUCCCGUUUGGCAGUCUGAACUCUCGCGCGCCACUAAGCGAGGUGCUAGUCUGGUUUUCAAUACCGCUUACAUCGGCUCUGGCAUCAGCCUCGCGCUGUUCCUCGAUCUUGGUGUAUACUUUGUGGGAGACAAUUCCGUUUCUUGGAGGUUUCCAUUUGCUUUUCAAGUCGUCCUUCUGGCUAUGGUGGCAUUCUUCGUGUCCGUCCUACCAGAAUCUCCACGAUGGCUGGUGAAAAAGGGACGCCGGGAUGAAGCACGCGAAAUUCUUUCUAUUCUGCUAGGUACUGAGCCUGGGUCACCUGCAGUACGCCUUGACAUCCAAGAAAUGGAAAAUUCACUCGCUAUAUCAGCAUCUGGAGCGCGAUGGGGCGUGUUUAAGAUGGGAAAACAGCGAACUAUGCAUCGAACAUUGCUUGCGUCGGCUGGCCAGUUCUUCCAGCAACUUUGUGGCAUCAAUGCCAUCACUCUUUAUACCACGACACUCUUCGAAGGUUUUCUUGGAUUGGGUCCCGUCCAAGCACGUGUUCUUUCCGCUUGCAUCGGCCUUGCUGAUAUUGCUGGGGGCGUAGUCGCCUACUAUACAAUUGAGCGCCUGGGACGCCGAAUUCUCAUGAUGUCAAGCUCAGCAAUGCUGUGCAUCUGCAUGGCCAUUCUUGCAGGUACCACUUCUGAUCCUACUAACGACAGUGCGCUUAUAACGGCCGUGGUGUUUGUCUACAUGUUUGAAGGUGUCUUCUCCGUCGGAUUUUCCGGUCUACCGUAUCUCUAUGCUGCUGAGGUGGCCCCUCUCGAACACCGAGCAGCAACGAAUGCGAUUUCAACAGCGACUGUAUGGGCAUUUGCAUUUAUGGUUGCUGAAGUGACACCUGUUGGCUUAAACGGCAUCAAGAAUCGAUACUUCAUCAUCUACGCAGCCCUCAAUGCUGCCAUCACGCUGCUGGUCUACUUUUGUUUUCCGGAAACCAAGGGCCGGACACUGGAGGAAAUCGAUGAAAUCUUUGUGCAGUCCAAGAACAUUUUUGACCCGCCUCGUAUCGCGCGUAUAUUGCCUCGGCUUGAAAGCAGCCAUGUUUUGUCCGAUUUGAAACUGGAUACAAAUGAAGAGCAAUUGCCCGAGGCACACAAAUAGCCGCAAGAAAAGGCUUGCAAAGCCUCUGCUACACAGCAGGCUGGGUUAAUCCAAUAGCGAUGGUAAGCAUAACAAGUGAAAGGGUUGGGUUCUUUUAAAUCACAUUAUAGUUUAAUUUAUAAAACAAUUCAUAACUAUACAACAGAUAUUCCCCCCACCCAUCCCAAUAUCCGUUUCGACGAGCACGAUGACGUCUGGUCUUGGGACGACCCUUGCCCUUCGAAGAUGAACCUGUGCUGCUGCUUGCAGUUCCUGUAGUUGACUUGUCAGCACCGGUGCUUUUACCCGUACCAGUAGUUUUUCCAGUUCCAGUCGUUGUCGUUCCGGUGCCAGUAGUAGUUUUUCCAGCUCCAGUAGUAGUUUUGCAAGUGCCUCCUGAGAUUGUCUUACCAGUUCCAGUAGUCUUAUCAGUUCCAAUAGUGGUCUUUCCGGUACCAGUGGUAGUCUUGCCGGUUCCCGUAUUCGAGUUGUCGGUUCCCGUGGCGGUCUUACCAGUGCCAGUGGUGGCCUUUCCAGGACCCCCCGAAGUCCCUGUAGAGCUCGAUCCAGGUCCACCGAUUCCACCAGUUCCACCUGUAGUAGUUCCCCCAGCACCUCCAGUACCUGCUGCCUUAGGUUUCCAUUGCCCUCUGGCGUUCUUUUCUAGCUCUAUCCACCUUCCGCCAAUCUUUUCAAGAACCUGAGUAACAGCAGUCCAUGGAAUUAAACGUUUGACUGCGAAUUCCAACUCCUCUGGAUUAAAUCUGUGAUCCUAGAUAAGUCAAUGGUAUAUUGGAAGGUUCUUCCACUCUUCUGGAACUCUCUAGCUUUGUCCUGGCUACUGCUUGUUGACACAAAAGGAUCAAACGCACGAGACUAUGGAGGCGUGUACACUUUUCCGAUAUGAGUGAACAUGGUUAUUCCAUUGACAAUCGGCGCCCAUCGCUCAUUUGCAAGUCUGAUCUUUUUAGUAUUGCCUGAAGUUCUGGCAAGGCUCAGCUUCGAGAUACCCAUACUCUAUAGAGCCGAUAACUUCCAUCUCCUCUGGCGUACGGUCAUCGCCUCGAUAGACAAUGGCAGUUGUAACGGUGCCAGGGAUUGGAGUAAGGCCGUCUCCAGCAGUGAUGAGGGAAAUGAGGAAACCGAAUAAGCACAGGAGAGUGUAUUUGAACAUGUUGACUCCGUCGAAAGUAUUGUAAGUUGUUAGUUCUUCUCUUCUGAUAGAGAAGGAGCAGUUAGGCGUUUUAUUGUAGCUCAAUUAAUUGAUGUAAUUUGAAAAUUAUCACAACAUGUAAUUUGUCGAAGAUCACUCUUUGUCAGAGGCUUGUACUAGCUUCGAACCCUAGUUGUAACAUAAAUAAGUCUUGUCAGCCCAUGAUAUUAUCACAUGAGAUGGUAGAGGAAGACACUAUCAAGACUG